CAAAUUAAUUCUAUGAGCAUAGAUGAAGAUAAUGAUAAUUAUGAAUAUCUUUUAAAAUGUACAUGGCGAAAAGUUCUAGAAAUUGUUAAUACUAAACCUGAAAUAGCAAAAGCUUUUUAUAUUUCAUUCGAUAAAAUACUUCAAGAAGAAAUUAGAACUUAUAUAUCAGAAAAAAA